AUGCACAUAAUUCAAACUGACAACAAGUUGACUGCUUUUGGAGUUUGUUGUUAAACAAUACAUCUGUGUGAAACCUCCAAGAUGAACAACGAAUCGUCAGGGAGCGAGUUGGACGUUACGGUUGAGAGGCUGAAAAUGAAAUAUCUGGAAAGGAAACGGGUCUCUACAGAGCAGAAAGCACCUGCGCUGAGUGGAAGACACUACCAUGGUGGGCAGCAGAGAGUUGUGAAGUCCCCCAGGUCUAGACGCACCACCACCAGGGAGAUGAGCGGUUACAAUAGAGCCUUACAGGAGCUGUUCCAGGCUGUUACCAACCCUCCAGACAGGUUGUACAGUGACUGUAGUCGGGAUGACAGUGAGGAGGACCUGAGUGAGAACUAUAUUUUCAGCCCUCUCCUGGACACACAGACCCACUACACAGAGACAGAUGUGACCCUGCCCUCCAGCCUGGCCCGUACCUUGGGCUCCCGAGAGACUGAGUCCACCGUAGGCCUGGCCAGAGAAGAGGAGGUGAGGGGGGAGAAAGGGGGGAGAGGGGUGAGGCAGAAGCAGUCCUCCCCUGUCCUCUCCCCCUCCUGCCCCUCAGUGAUGGGACAGGUUUACCAGGAGAUGCUGCACAUCUACCAACAACUACAGGCAGAACGUUUGAGCCAGCUGCAGUGGUCGGCCCAGCUCCAGGACAGAGAGAACAGACUGCUACAGCAAGAGGAGAGCCGUAGUGAGGAGGUGAGUCAGCUACAGGAGCAGCUGAGCGAGAAAACCAGAGAGAACAAGAGGUUAAAGUCCAGCUUCAACUCCAUCAAGGAACUCAAUGACAACAUGAAGAAACAGCUGAAUGAGCUGAGUGAGCAGAACAAGCGUCUGGAGAACCAGUUCAGGAAGGUCCAGGCUCGGCUAGAGAACCUUCAGAGGAAGUAUGAAUACUCCAUGGCACAGAAGGGGAGAGGGAACGUUUGUCAGAAGGCCAUUGAGUCCAAACCUUCUAAACCUGAGAAAAAAGCAACCUCCAAGCCAGCCAAGGGUAGUGUAAGUCCCACCCCUCUCAGGCUGCUGGCUUUGCUAUUGGAUUGGAUUCUAGACAGAGAGACGUUUCCUCCAGUCGCAGGAGACAGCAGAACAGCCCAGGGUCAGCAGCACACGUCACCAGUGGUCUCUCUCCUCGACAGGUGCUCUAAGGUUUUGCCUCUGUUGGUUGAGCAGCUGCAGCAGUCCUCUGCAUCACCAGACCCCUCUGGUACCCUGUCCCUGAUCAAGUUUAUAUACUGGAGCCUGAGAGAGAUAGACAACAGCAUACAGCCAGUGGCUCUGUCGUCCACUUUGCGGCGUCUGGGGGAGGAGGUGUCCAGGGUUCCGACCCAGCAGCAGGACCCCAGUGGCCCUCUGAAGACCAGGGGCCCUCCUCUACCUCCCUCGCUGCACAGGAGCCUCUGUCCCCACACACGUCUCCUGUCCUCCCUCAUCAUCCUCAGGACCGUCACCCAGGCUGACAUCCUAGCCCAGGUGUUGGACUCCCUCCACAGUGACCUGGUGUGUGUGGAUGUCCGGGGGCUGUUUCUUCAGUACGGGGGAGUGUCUGUCCUCCUAGCCCUGCUCCGGGGAGGGAAGGGGGGGCUGCAGACCCCCCUAGACAUCCUACUGCAGCUCAGCACAGAGUCACGGUAUCUGUCUGAGUUCCUGUGUGCUUGCAGCACUGAAGAGUUCUUCCGUACUGCAGCUCUCCUUGUGAAGAACCCCAGACUAGAACUUCCUCUUCUGGAAAAACUCUCCAUCAUCCUACAGAAACUCUCCAAGAUCAGGAAGAACAGGCGGCUGUUUGAGCUCUGCUCUCUUCAUCUGCUGCUGCAGGAGAUGCACAGAACAACUGACCCUACACUCACCUUCUUGUCAUUGAACCUUAGCUCUAUACUUCUCAAUCUGAAAUAACACACUCACACGUAUAUUGUGGUGGUGACUUUUUAUUUUUGUCAAGUUUUGUAAUAUGUUUUUAUAUGAUCUUAACCUAUAUAUUGUACGUUGUUUUGAACAUGUUUACCAUCUGCUAUGAAAUGAGCAUCAUGUUGGGCGAGGCUAUGUUUGUCUCAUGCAUUCUGAGGUAAAGAUGAUUUCACAAGGAAGCUUUUAAAAGCAAUAAACUAAGAAAUUAUGGGAAACAGUGUUUGAUUUCUCUGUCUUAUAGUUACGAAAUACGUUAGUUUAUGUCAUAUGUUUUCUAUAAACCUGUUUGUUAUGGACUAAAGCUGGAGGUUUUUAACAAGUCCGUGACGGUGAGGAGAAUAUCACACUGACAGACAUUUCUGAUCUCUCCUCUGUAAA